AUGGAUAAUUUCUACAAUUCUCCCGCGCUUGCGCGAGAAUUGAAAGUUCGGGGGUUUGACUGCGUGGGGACCUUACGAACGAAUCGUCACUUUGUUCCCAUUGAGCUGACGAAUCUUACGAAAAAAGACAUGGCGAUAGGUCAGGUGAACGGUUGCACUUCGGGGGAUGUGGACCUCAUCGUAUACCGGGACAAAAACCGUGUGGCAUUUGUCUCGACAUACCAUGGGCUAGCAACCGCGAUGUGCGGUGAUACACACAAGCCCACCGUCAUACCAGACUAUAAUGUCUGUAUGGGGGGGGUUGAUCGCAAAGACCAGAUGCUCGCCAUGUACCCCAUUGAAAGAAGGCGGAACAAAAUCUGGUACAAAAAGUUUUUCAGGAAGCUCUUGAAUGCUAGUGUUCUAAAUGCCUACAUACUCCACAAGGCACACCGCUCAAUUUCUCACCGAAAUUUUCGCCAAACUUUGGUGAGGGAAUUGUUGGCAGCACACACACCACCAGCACCUACCCGUGCACUGCCGAACACCUGGCAUUUUCCGGGGCAAUACGAUCUGCUCCCGGGAACAACACGGAACGAGCACCAGAGGCGUAGUUGUUCAGUUUGCAAAAAGCGAACAUCAAGCUUUUGCAAAGCCUGCAACGUGCCCCUGUGUGUGUUUGGUUGCUUUGAGUCAUAUCACACUUCACAGUAA